AUGUCCACCGCCGCGCCCUUCCGCCUCCUCCUCCCGCUCCACCCACCACUAACUCCCAGACGCCAUUCCGCUCCCGUUCUCCCCUCUGUCCCACGCCGCGGCACCGUCCCCAGCCCCCGCCCCCGCCUCCGCCUCCGUCUCCGUCUCGCAGCCGGGGGCGGUGAUGCGCCUCCGCCCGCAGCCGACGAACUCGACUGCGUGGGCACGGGCAGCGACGUCGAGUGCGUCGUCGACGGCGACCCUGGGGCGGAGGAGGGGGUCGCCCCGGCGCUCGCGGGGAGGGAGUGGUGGGAGUGGGUGUCGCUGGUGUCGCCCUUCUUCUUCUGGGGCACGGCCAUGGUGGCCAUGAAGGGGGUCAUACCCAAGACCGGGCCCUUCUUCGUCGCCGCGCUCCGCCUGCUCCCCGCGGGCGCGCUCGUCGUCGCCUUCGCAGCCGCGCGGGGCAGGAAGCAGCCCUCCGGGUGGGCCGCCUGGGGCGCCAUCGCCGCCUUCGGCCUCAUCGACGCCGCAUGCUUCCAGGGCUUUCUCACUGAGGGCUUGCAGAAGACAUCGGCUGGCCUCGGAAGCGUCAUAAUUGACUCCCAACCAUUGACGGUUGCUAUCCUUGCAGCGCUAUUCUUCGGAGAGUCUAUCGGGGCGAUAGGAGCUGGGGGGCUCGUACUGGGUGUUGUUGGGCUUUUGCUCCUCGAGGUUCCAGCACUGUCAGUUGAAGGAAACAACACAUCAGUCUGGGGGAGUGGAGAAUGGUGGAUGUUCCUCUCGGCCCAAAGCAUGGCGGUCGGAACUAUCAUGGUUCGCUGGGUAUCAAAGUAUUCUGAUCCAAUCAUGGCAACAGGAUGGCACAUGGUAUUAGGUGGGAUUCCUUUGUUGGUUAUAUCUGUUGUUAAUCACGAUCCUGCUCUUAAUGGACACAUUCAAGAACUUACAUGGAGUGACAUGGCAGCUCUGGGUUAUACAUCUAUAUUCGGCAGUGCUGUCAGCUAUGGUGUCUACUUCUACAAUGCUACAAGAGGUAGUUUGACCACGCUUAGUUCUCUUACUUUCUUGACUCCUAUGUUCGCCUCCAUUUUUGGGUUCCUCUAUCUGGGAGAGACCUUCGCACCUGAGCAGAUCGGUGGUGCACUUCUGACAUUGGUUGCCAUCUAUAUGGUUAAUUACAAGAGCAUUAUAGGCGAGAAGUAA